UGUGUGUCAUACCCGCGCUGUGUAUUAGGGGUAGCGCUCUAUUGACGGUCUCCGCUAUUAAUCGAAGAGGAGUUAUUGUGCAGACACUGCUUUGGGAGCUCCGCUGAAAGUGUUUGUGCAAGCUAUACAAAUGACAGGAAUCUGGUGUCAUGUCAUAAACACAAUCCCAAAUCUCGACUCAGAACGUGUUUCUCCUUGGGCGUUGACGAGAUCCAACAUGGAUGACCACUCUCAAACUCACAUUUCGGAGACUUAACGCAAAUUUGCAGUAUAUUACGAACAUACCCUGAUUCGCUAUGGCGUCUGAGAGCCUUGUACUGGCGCUUCUUCUGGGUGUGAUUGGGACGUGCUGGGGCGAGGAUGAGCCCCCUGUUUUUGUGAACAACAUGAGAGGUCUACAAAUAUCAGAGUCUACGGAAGUUGGUACAUCCGUUUAUACGUUGUCCGCAACGGGUGAGGAGCCUAUUAUAUAUGACAUAAAGGCAGACAUGUUUACGGUCAACGCGACAACGGGGGUGGUGACGCUAAGUCGGCCUGUGGAUUACGAGUCAGGGGAAAUAAAGUUCUCCGUGCAGGUUAUUGCCAUUGCCAACAAUGGCCUUGUGGAAACGGUUUCGCCUACUGUAGAAGUACUGGACGCCAAUGAUAACCCACCACAAUUUCUCCGAGAAACAUAUCGGCAAAUUAUUCCCGAGGAUUAUGCCAUUGGCAACGAGGUCAUCAGUAAUCUCAGGGCAGAGGACAAAGACUUCAAGGGCGGCGUUAUAGUGGUCACGUGUGAGCCUGACGCAAUCUUGGCCAGUCCGAAUAACACUCACGAAACACACUCAGCGUACGUGGAAGCGUGUGAGACCUUCGAGCCAGUCAUGCUGCAGAGUAGCAACAAGAGGUGGCUGGGCAGCAUCAGACUGCUUAAAACCCUGGACUAUGAGACACGAUCAACCUACCAGUUGCCACUGGUCAUUAGGGAUGGCACGUUGGCGCAUAUGCAGAGCUUUGAGAUUACCAUUUCUGAUGUGAACGAUGCACCACCGAGGUUCACCUACGUCCCGGAGAAUGUCCCAAUUAAAGAAAACCUUGACAUAGGUACUGUUAUCGAAAGAGUACAAGCUGAAGAUGGAGACACUAACAAGAGGCGCCCGAUUCGCUAUAACGUCACCCGGUGUCCCGAAGACACCUCGGCCAGAAAAGAUGCUGACAACAUCUUUACCGUGAACUUCCUGAACGGCACCAUAUCAACGAAGACAAAUAUUGAUCGGGAGAAUGCUUUCGUCAUCGCGGGCCUCAAACUUUGUAUCAAGGCUCAAGAACUUAAUAACAAAACUAUACCAAUUAGUCUAGGAAACGAUUCCGAGACAACGGCUGUGGCAUUGAUACACAUUGAUGUACAAGAUCUAAACGACCAGAUCCCUUCCUUCAGCAACGACAACUACAACACCUCCAUCUAUGAAGACAUCCCCGACGGCACAGCCGUACCAGGCAUCGCCCUCACAAUAACGGAUCUGGACAGCUAUCCAGCCAACAGCUACGAUGUGCGACUCGUCAACUACCAAGAUGUUUUCGAAGUCUUUCCAGUUAAUGGCACCGGUCGUAAUAUCGGGGGAAUCAAAGUCAAAGACACGUCGAAGAUUGACUACGAGAGUGGCAACCGACUGUUCGAACUCCGAAUAAUUGCGUACGAGAACAGGUUUGCUGAAGGUGGCUUCCAGCCGAACACCGGGUCGACCAAAGUGUCCAUCCAUGUUUUAGAUGUCAACGACAACACCCCGAAGUUCUCUCAGAAUGUUUACAACGUUUCUGUGAUGGAGAAAGACAUUGGCACACAACCCUUCAUCACUUACAUCCAGGCGAUAGACCCAGACUCUGGACCCAUGGGCACGACGGGGAUAACAUACAGACUACUGGGUAGCGAGUCUGAAAGGUUCCAGAUAGAGCCCACACGCCGGGGAAGGUCUGCGGAGGUCCGAGUUAGUCCUUGUAGGACGCCAGGUCAAGGGGGGGACUGCAUCAACUACGAACGACGACGUCGUUACGACUUCACCAUUAUUGCCCGUGAUGAGUUAGGGUCACCCAAGGGGCGACAAGGAACGGCCGAGCUCGUCAUCCAUGUCAUAGACGAGAACGAUGUCUGGCCAGUUUUUACCCUGAACUCAUAUGUGGGCGACAUAAAAGAAGGGGAACUCCUAUUGGUGAACGAACUUCGUGUUAAAGCUGAAGAUACAGAUACUGUAGGGAAAAUAAGCUACACCCUGUCCCCGGGAUCACAGUACUGGAGAAUCCACCCGGACACGGGGCUAAUAUCUGCCAAAGAGACGAUUUUCAGACGAUUCACUCCAGGCGAUCGAGGAUGGUUCAACCUUAUUGUGUUGGCAAACGAUACCGUAAACACAGUGUCAACGGACGUCAUAAUCAACGUCAUUGACCAGAAUAAUUUCGCCCCGAAGUUUAGCCCAAACGUGUACAUUACGAAAAUACCAGAAGAGACAAAGGGAGAUGUGUCUGUGAUCACAGUAGAGGCUACGGACCAAGACUCGAGUCUGUCCGAAAACGGCCAAGUUGAGUACAACAUCGAAGAGGGUUCCCAGGGCAGGUUUGUCAUGAACAACGGCACUAUUUACACCGCUACAAAUGCCGCCUUUGACUACGACGUACAGAAGGAGUACAUUCUCAGAGUACUAGCACGCGACGGGGGAAAUCCUCAAAAGACGGGGACAAGCUCAGUGACAAUCAGCAUCAUCGACCAGAACAACAAACUACCAUACUUUUUGUCAUUGGUGCAAUUCGCAGAAAUCAGUGAGAAUGCUCAGAAGGGAGAGUAUGUCACAACCAUCCUUGCAAAAGAUCCGGAUGAAGAUGCAAAGCUGAGUUUUGAACUGGUUGAAGAAAUUAAAGCAAUUUCACCAGAUGGAGUAAACGUUGAUCCCAAUGACUAUGCCUUCAAGAAUUUGUUUCAAUUGGACUCCACUUCCGGUGUAGUGCGCGUCAAUGCUCAACGUUUAGACCGUGACCGCACCUCGGUUAUCACAUACAACAUGACCGUCACCGACGUUUCUCAAACGCCAACUACGGGACCACAGAUUGGAACACCUGGUAUACUGAUUAUCCGAAUCAAGGAAUAUAACGACCAGUCCCCAGCGUUUCAGCGGUCAAGGUAUGAUCUUUCUGUGGAAGAGGAGCAACCCAUUGGCACCUUCGUCGUUGCCCUUGUGGCACAGGACGCCGACGACGCCAUCAAGCAGUACGACAUCGUCGAGAGGGACCAGAACCUGUUCAGCAUCAUUUCGGAAACAGGUGUACUGAUUGUACGGAGUAGAAUUGACUACGAAAGAAUCGAACGGACACAGUUCACGGUCCGGGCCAUUGACAAUGGCCAGCCUCAGCGCACUGGCACAGCACAGGUGUUCAUCAACAUCAUCAACACAAACGACAACAGCCCUAUACCAAGCCAGAACACCUACCAAGUGAAUAUCCCGGAAAACUCCACCGGGGGGACCAGCCUGCUGCAGGUGUUCGCCUCGGACAUGGACAAGGGAGACUAUGGUGAAAUCAGGUUCGAGCUGCCGAAAGACGUCACCAGGUUCACCAUCAACCCCUACUCGGGUGUGAUGGUAUUGGCUCCCGGGGUUCAGCUGGAUCGUGAGGUGGAACCUAUAAUACCUACACGUGUUAAUGUGUAUGACAGCCCCAGUGAUGAGACUGUCCGCAGGCGGUACAGUGUCCCGGUCUACGUGACACUGUUGGACGUCAACGACAACUGGCCAAUCUUCAGUAACGAAGACCUGUCAGCCGAGAUCAUCGAGUCUAUAGACAUCGGUGCCCCGAUCCUGCAGGUGUUUGCUACAGACAGGGACUACGGUAUCAACGCACAGAUUGUGUUUCGGAAGGUGGCCGGCUCGGGGGACACAGGGGGCCUCUUCAGUGUGAGUCCCCAGUCUGGACAAAUCCUCGUUGAAAGGAGCCUUCGUGGACGCAUUGGAAUAUACGCCUUCAACGUGAGCGCCACUGACCGGAACGGCGGUCCAGAUGGCUUGAAGGGAUAUUCCCGCAUCGUCAUCACUGUGGUGGAGUCCCUCAACUCUCCACCCGUGUGGACGAUCCCACCUAAUGACAACAUGACAAUAGAAGUACUGGAGAGCCAGUACCUUGGUAUGCUAGUAUUUGACGCAAACGCAGACGACAACAACAGCGGCCGUAACGGCAUCGUGGAAUACUACUUUCAAGACGGCAACACCACUGUCUCCAACACAGGGGAGUUCAGCAUCAAUCGAGUGACUGGGGUCAUCAGAGCAGAGAUAAUAUAUGACCGCGAAACAGUAGAGCGAUACACGCUUCAUCUGAUCGCCAAGGACAUGGGAGUCUUGUCGCUGAGGUCAGAGCGUCAUCUCUACGUGAAAAUCAUUGACGUCAAUGACAACAUCCCCGAAUUUGAAAUGAGUAAUGGCAAAACAAUCCCUAUGGACAUCUUGUUGUGGGAGAAUACCACCGUAGGCGCAGCCAUCGGAAGUGUGAAGGCAACCGAUGACGACUCGGAAUUUUACACUACCAUCUACUACUACAUUGUUGCUGGAGGUGAAGGAAAGUUCGCGGUUGAUAAAGAUACAGGAGUUAUACGGCUCAGCCAGGCGGUAGAUCGUGAGAUAAGAAGUACGUACUCUUUCGACAUCAGGGCAACCAAUGCGGACAACGACUACUUCCUCAUAACAAAUCGUAACGCCAUCGACACCAGCAUUAUUACGGUCAGGGUGACGUUGCGUGAUGUCAAUGACAACGCGCCAGUGUUUGUGGGAUUUAACAGCCUUGAUGCAGCCAACAACCACUACUUCGGAUUUAUCUCUUUGAAUGCCCCCUAUGAUCAGCGUAUUGUCCAAGUGACAGCAACAGAUGUGGACGCUGCGGGGUCCGCUGCCAUCACCUACAGCAUCAUCGGCGGCAACGACGACGGUGGUUUCUUCACUGUCGACAUGAUCGGGAGAGUGGCCAAUAAGCGCCUCUUAAACGAAGUGACCACAAGGAUUUACUCGCUCACAAUACAAGCGUUUGACAGCCUGCUGACUUCUACAGCUACAACAUAUGUGUUCGUCACAAAUGCAGGAAACGAGGUUAAAUUGGUCAUCAACCUAGAACCAUCAGAGGUGAAAGUUUUCCGGUCACAAAUCAUCAGGUUACUCAUGUCCUUCCCUGGUAUAAGUCAUGCCAGCAUCCUCAGCAUCAAAAACCACGUGGUCGGACAAGUGGUGGACACCACGAGAUCUGACGUUAUCGUGGUGGCGGCGACUGCCGUUCCAGCGGGAGGAUAUGUUCUGCUGUCAACAUCACAACUUUUACUUCUACUCCAAGAGAAGAGGAGAGAGUCAGGGGCGGUUUUUCACUCCUUCUACGUUGAGUCUAUCGGGCCUGCUGGAGGCGCGGCGACCUGGCUGGACUGGACCCCCGUGUUGGCAGUUGUCAUCAUUAUUAUCCUACUGAUUCUCAUGGCCAUCCUGCUGCUGUUGUUUUGUUGCUGUUGCAUCAAAGACUCUGGAAAGAAAAAGCCGCAGACACCAGUGGCAUAUCUCAUCGGCGAGAAGGAUGAAAAGAAGAUUAAUCCUGUCUUCGAUAACAGCAUCUCCAUAGUUGAAACGACUGAUGCUAAGGUGGUGACUGAAGUGGAGGAGCUUUAUGCAGUUGUUGCCAAGACCACACCUGCUCCUAAUGCAACCGUCAGUCACGACCCGUACCCCUUUGUUGAUGACGACAAUCCUGUCAUCGAAACAGAGGUAAUUCGUGGACGUGCUAUUGGGUCCUCUGAAGUGACCAUCCAGGUGGGACCGGACGUCAACGAUGGGCCCUUACCCGUCAUUGAGGCUCUGAUCAACGAAAACUCAGACACUGUUGCAUUUUCAGCAGCGGUGGCAUCUGAAUCUCAAACGUCUUCAUCUCAGGUUGUGCAAGGAGGAGAUAUUGAUACAUAUUUUUUUACGCCCCAGCCUGAACCCGACACAGAGUCUGGGUCUAAGUAUCCAUACCCUUCUGUUCAGCCUUCUCUUGAGCCUUUAGCAGAACACUCAGAACAAGAGGAAUCACAGGACGAGGAAAAUGACAACAUUAAUACCGAGAUACAUGAUGCCCAGGAUGUCAGGAUUAGUCAGGACGCCUAUACCCAUAUGGAAAGAGUGGUAACCUAUGAGGACGGAGGGAGCUACGAGGUGGACGUUCAAGGUGGCUACCCUGAGGGAACUGGACAAAAUGGUUCCUUUGCAAGUUCAGGAAGCGUUGGUACAUCAGACGGCCAUGCUGGUGGUAAUUAUGAGAUUGAAAUUCAUGGCGGGCGACCACAGAGUACCGUAGAUGUCGUUCCUUCAACCAGUGGCCCAACCUACGAGGUAGAGGUUCAAGGUGACAAUCCCACAGUUGAUCAAAAGGGGACAAGAGGAGGUGUCAACUACGAGAUAGAAAUUCAUGGCGGGCGACCACAGGGUACCGUAGAUGUCGUUCCUUCAACCAGUGGCCCAACCUACGAGGUAGAGGUUCAAGGGGACGACGCCACAGUUGAUCAAAAGGGGACAAGCGGUGGUGUCAACUAUGAGAUAGAAAUUCAUGGCGGGCGACCACAGGGUACCGUAGAUGUCGUUCCUUCAACCAGUGGCCCAACCUACGAGGUAGAGGUUCAAGGUGACGAUCCCACAGUUGAUCAAAAGGGGACAAGCGGUGGUGUCAACUAUGAGAUAGAAAUUCAUGGCGGGCGACCACAGGGUACCGUAGAUGUCGUUCCUUCAACCAGUGGCCCAACCUACGAGGUAGAGGUUCAAGGUGACGAUCCCACAGUUGAUGAAAGAAGAACUAGCGGUGGUGUCAACUACGAAAUUGAAAUUCAUGGUGGACGACCAAACAGCUACGUUCAUAUUGAUCCAGGUACCAGUGGACCGGGUUACGAGGUUGAAGUUCAACCUAACUCUCCUGCGGGUUUUGAACAAAGUUAUCCUCCCAGCACUGUUGGCGAUGGAGAUUACGAGGUUGAGAUCCAGGAUGGACAUCCUGACACGUCCAUAGAUAUCCUCCCUGCUACCAGUGCUCCGUUUUAUGAUGUCGAUGUCCAAGGUGAAUUUCCAGUCAUCACUGAUGAGUCUGAUAACUCAAGUGCUUUGGUUCCUUCGAGCGGUGACAGAAGCUAUGGAGUAGAAGUUCCUGGCGGAGAUCCAAUCCGCAGAGGGGCAGUCGCACCACCCGGAUACGCCAUCACUGAAACUGAAAAGAGCAUGCACAGCACCUCAGCUGCUCAGAGUUCGCGUGUCAUUAGUUCCCCUUCACCCCUCGAUGGUGGGAAUGUAACUGUUGCCGAAACCCACAGUAGCCUGAACACAGCAUCAGCUCAAUCACGUUCACGGAUGAUCAGUUAUGGAGAAGACGAUGGUGUGGGCGUGGGAGUCUAUGAAAGUCUUCGUGAAGUUGAUGACGAGAACAUGGCAGUUGAGUUCCCUGGAAUGUCCAACAGCCACUCCCCUGGCUCCCCUCACCCUUACGUCUACCUGUCUGAUGAUGCUGUUUAAAUAUGUAGUGACAAUGAACGAUGGUUACAUUGUGAUUGUUGUUUCUGAAACUGUAUUGAUCUUGAUGUCGAAUGGACACAGACAAGUAUUGUUUUGAUUCUAUCACAAUGUUUAUAAGCAUGUUGAUAAUGUCAUGCAUAUGCUGAAAAUGAAGAUUGUUGUUUAUUGCCAUUAUCUGUUAGUUUCCGAUGCUUUGCCAGAUAUACCAUGCACAUUGAUAUUGUAUUGCUUUAGUCUUAAACAACUUGCAUACAACAAUUUAUGUGUCUGCAUAUGCAUGGUUAUACAUGUGCAGUUAUACAUUUAUCAAGAUGACCUCUGGGUAUAUUUGUAAUGUGUUUCCAUGUUGAACUUUUUUUUACAACAUUAACGUGACUACGACAUCUAUAAUGUCGGAUUUGGUUUGGUUUGAAGUAUCAUAAUAUUUUAGUCUUAUGUUUUUUUAAAAUGCUAAUGUUGAAAAUAGAUCCAUGGAGCAAAUUCAUGUAUCAUGCUUUGGAUAUUAAUUACUAAACGCAUCAACUUGUUGUAUUAUCAGUAAUUUAUUAUUACAUUACGUGAAUAAUUAAUAUGAUUAACCGAUCUAUUUCAAAUAUAUAUAUA